UUCCAGUGAUUGAAAUAGGGGAAUCAAGAGACAUUUCGGGAGGACGAGGACACCUAACUGCAAACAUGGUUGCCUCUUACCCUGUACCAGAAGGAUUCACAGAAAUUGAGGUAUUUGGCAUAGGUACAACACUGCUGAUUGAAGCUCUUCUCGGGUUCCUCUUAAAUGGAUUGACAAUCCUUUCAUUCUACAAAAUCCGUGAUCUCAGAACACCUAACAACUUGCUAAUAAUCAGCCUUGCUGUGGCAGACACUGGACUGUGUAUUAAUGCACUGGUUGCUGCAUUUUGCAGUUUUCUGAGAUACUGGCCCUAUGGUUCAGAAGGAUGCCAAAUUCAUGGUUUCCAAGGUUUUGUAGCUGCUCUAUCCAGUAUCAGCUCUUGUGCUGCAAUAGCCUGGGAUCGUUACCACCAACAUUGUACCCGUAGCAAGUUACACUGGAGCACAGCUAUAUCAGUGGUAAUGUUUCUCUGGGGGUUCUCUGCCUUCUGGUCCAUCAUGCCUCUCUUUGGCUGGGGUGAAUAUGACUAUGAACCUUUGAGGACAUGCUGCACAUUGGACUACUCUAAAGCAGAUAAAAAUUUCAUCUCGUUUCUUUUCCCCUUGGCCUUUUUCGAAUAUUUAAUUCCUCUUUUCAUCAUGAUGACAGCGUACCAGUCCAUUCACCAGAAGAUGAAGAAAAGUGGGCAAGUCAAGUUUAACACAAGUUUACCAAUAAAAUCAUUGGUUGUAUGCUGGGGUCCAUAUUCUCUGCUGUGCUUUUAUGCCAUCAUUCAAGAUGCAACUCACUUGUCUCCAAAACUCCGCAUGAUACCAGCUGUUUUAGCUAAGAUUUCUCCUGCCGUGAAUGCCUAUGUAUAUGGACUUGGAAAUGAGAGUUUUCAAGGGGGGAUCUGGCAGUUUCUUACUGGACAAAAAAUUGAAAAAACAGAUAGCGACAAUAAAACAAAAUAAUGUAGAAAGUAUUUAGACAUUUAAAGAGUUAAAUAAAUAAAAUUAAAAA